AUGCCACUGAACGUCCGCCAGCAGCUGCAGCAACAGCACUUGCUGCUGCUGCAGCAGCAACUGCAGCAGCAGCAAAUGCUGCUGCAGAAGCAACAGAUGCGACUGCGGCCCCAGCAAGAUGGAGCAGCAGCAGGGAGUGAAGGAGUGCAGCAGGAGCAGCUACAGCAGCAGCUGCUGCUGCUGCAGCAGCAACAGCAGCAGGUGCAACAGCAGCAGCAGCUGCUACUGCAGCAGCAGCAGCAACUGAGGCAGCAACCGUGGCUGAUGCUGCAGCCAAACGCCUUCUCAGGACCGUCACAGCAGCAGCUGCUGCUGCACCCGCUGCUGCAGGUGCAGCAGCAGCACCUGCUGCAGCAGCAGCAGCAGUACAGCGCGCCGCAGCAACAACCACGCCAGCAGCAAGCGCUUCAGCAGCAGCAAAUGCUGCUGCAACAGCAGCAGCAAGAUGUGUCGCAGCCCCAGACAGUAUUGCUGCAGCAGCAGCAGCAGCAGCAGAACUAG